GAUGGUUCAUUCCUUUAGUGCUGCCACCGGCGUGUUUGUCUCUGCAUCUUGACCCGCAGUGUAGCUUGCUUCUAGGGCGUCCUUUCGGCCAUACACCAACGUGUAGACCCCCUUCAGACGCCAACCGACUGGAAAAGAGGCUUCUCUGUCGCGUUUAGCGGUCAGCGCUGCUGAAGAAACAGCAGCUGAAACCGGCGUCCCAUUCCGCAGUUCGUUUUUUCUUUUUUUCGCGACGAACUUUGGCUCCCUUUCCCUUGUCGAAGGAGUCAGAUCUGCGAGUGUCUGCCAUAGGAUUUCCGGCUCUGUAAAGUGGCCAGCUCGCUCCUUUUUCGGCUAUGGGAGACCCAAAAUUCGGAAUUCCAUUUAUCUUUACGAUGCACAGAAGCCCCACGCGACGGCUCUCCACAGAGAUCCUGUCUUUUGUGCCAGAGUCCGUUGAGGCCUACGAUGUCUACAGGGUAGGGAGAAAUGCGGCCACGGAGUACCGGCGGGUGUACAGACAGCUGGUGAUGACGGUGCAUCCGGAAGGCAGCCUGCAUGGCGCGGAUCUCUCUUCGGCCAUUUCUUCAAGAAUUCAGCGGGAAUUUCCGCGAGAGACUCCAAAUGCGACAGCGUGGACGCGUUCUAUGCCGCAUCACACAAUCUGUCGGAAUGGAGCGUCUUUCUUCAGGCCGGUUCACAACCGUCCACACCGGAGGCAACCAAAGUCGCUCAAGACGCUGCCACACUGUGCUACCGACCUGCCGACGGGCUCUUCGCCGGCUGCUGGUGGCCCGCUUCUGUUCCACGCAGGACGGAGGACAGCUGCAUGCAGGCCUCACCAGGGAGAUGCGUCCUCGUCCCUUCCUCCAUCUCGCUUCUCUUGUCUCCCUAUGGGGCUGAAAUGGCCCGUCUCCUGCGAACAAUCGAUGUUUUUCCCAUCUGGAUCUGCACCGAAUUUGAUAAGGUGUCUCGCAGCGUUUUCGUCAGUUUCGCGUUCUUUCCCCGACGCGUCGCGAUCCGAUGUUUCCAACUGUCUUUCGAGUUCGCCUUCGUUCUCGAGUUCGGACGUUGAAGCCCCCUCCCCUCAAAGUUCAGAGGACCCUUCAACUCAGUAUGACGGCAUACCUGCGUUGCCGGACACUCGGAAGGUCGGCCGUCUCGCAGUCACGGGCGCUGAGCCUCCCGGUGCCGUCUCGUACGAGACGCUCGCAGGAAUUCCCUGGAUGAGUCGCGGCCGCCUCUGCAGCGUCCUCGAGGAAGUCGCUGAACGCGGGCCGUACGACGUCGCGACGUGGAACAAGCUGCUUUGCAGGGCAGAGGCGAUAAGCGCCUCUUUGUCGGUCCGCGAUAUAGGACGCUUGGUUGUGGGCAUGGCGAAAGUAAAGUACUACCAUCCCAGCCUGCUUCGCAAAUUUUCCUUUUUCGCGCGCCGUCAAAUACAAGACGCUGACGCCUUAGCUUGUUCUGGCCUGCUUCACAGCUACAGCACGCUGAACUGCUUCGAUCCCAAGCUUUAUGAAGUCGUCUGCAACAGAAUGCAGAAACGCGAAGUGAUGCAUGCAUGCAAGCUUUUCCCGCUCUCCUUGGCAUUGUCCGCUUGCGUACGCGAGAAGUUCGUCCACGAGGGUCUUUUUCUCGCGGCCGGGGAGCGCCUUUCGGAGUUGUUGCCUGCAUGCAAGCCGAGCGACCAGCAGAGUGUCGCGUUGAUUCUGAACUGUCUCGCGCGACUCUUCAAUCUGCGACAACAACAGAAACUUGCGAGGCGUCGUGACUCUGCCGAACCCAUAGAGUCGCAGCGCGCGACUUCUCCCUCAGAGACCGCAGCUGAUCAGGAGCAUCUUGAUCUGAAAGAGCUUCUCGGAAAAAUAGCGUGUUCACUUCCGCCGCUUUUGCCAACCAUGAAUCUUCAGUCUCUUACCCUCGUGUUGAACGCGUUUUCUCGGCUGCGGUCGCUCUGCGCUACUCCGCCGGAGGUUGUUCUCUUGACGUGCGAAACUCUCAUGCCUCGCGCAAGCAAACUCACUGCUCUCCAAGCAGUUACGGUUUUGAACGCUCUUGUGAAGCUGCGACUCGGCGGGGAAACCGAUCUACUGGAAGCAGUUCUUGGGCAACUGAGAGAGCGAGCACACCAUCUCACUCCCCAAGGCGUCUGCCUCACAGUGAAGGCUCUUUCGAUUUUGCGCUUGAAAGAUCGAAGACUCGAGGAAGAGCUAGAGAGACAAGUCUGCUUGACAUUUCAUCACUUCUCUGCGGCUGAAGUGUCUUCGCUUCGAGCGGCAUGUCAAGGGUGGGCGUACAUGCCUCCGAGCUUGGAACGCCUUCUUAACGAGGAUUUUCGGGGAGAAAGCAAUCCAGUGGAGACUUCCACCGAUAGCAAAGAGACCUAAGGACGCAGUCGAAGAGCGAUACAGUCUGCUAUUCUUGAGCUUCCGAAUAUCCUGCCAUGUGAAUAACUCGAACCGAUGGAUGGUUUGAAGUCUAGUCGAUUGGUUACGGGAGAUCUGCAGCAGAUUGUCUCUGCAGAGUUUUGCGCCGGAUAGUGGAACGACAGUGUGUAUUUGGUGGCAAGUUCACCAAUAUAUGGAAUGAGGAACCCCGUCCGUGGUUUGUUCAAUAGUCAAAGUUCAGCCGAGGUGCAACUGCUGCCACGUGUGGAAAGCUGUUCAUUUUACUUAAAUUUUCGACGGUGGCUGCGAUUUUGAAACAGGAUCGAGUGCGCGUUGACUUAUGCGUACUCCAGGCUUUUGUGGUGUCCUUAGUUACUUUUUCUUCGGCUUUUUAUCCGUGCUUUCAUCAGUCCUGCAGAGUCACAAUCUUGACAACGCCCACCACGCCCAUCGGCUACAGUAUCCCUUUGUCCAGAAAAUGUACCGUUUCUUGACCAUCAUGAUUGGUUUCCCCGAUGAAAAUGCUGAAGACUCUCUGGACAAAUGCCAAGCUGGAUUCCGUUGUUUACCGCUUGUGCCGUUAUAUUCACGAACAUACUGUUCCAUGCUAGCAUCUCGUGUGUUGACUUCGAUUUAUCUCAAAUCGAAUAAGCAGAGAUAUCGUAGCAACUGGGAUACGGAAUACGACUCCAGUAAUGAGGUACACGCAAGCAAUUUCUAUGAGUUCUGUGCAGCACCCGCUUACCGGACUGCUUUAGAGAGCGAAAGCUGUUCGCUUUCACUAUUCUACCACGAAGCAUUGUCAUCAUUGUUUGCGGGCUUAAAAGCGGCGUAUCAUGGCAGCCUCGUAUGCGAACAAACCGAGGACGGAUCACGAAGUGGAACAAGGAAAAGGUCACCGUAGAAGGACGGAUGCCAGAAAGUAUGGAGUUUCCGGUCAAAGAGAAAUGAUUCAACGGCACACCAUCCCAUAGGUACUGGAGCGUUCUUUCACGCCCGAUGCCGCAGUUGUGUGCUCGCAGUUAACUCUCUAAAGAAGGAAACAGUAUCUCUCACGGCACAUCGAAUUGCUGUCGUUCAGCCAAAAAAGACAGAGCUUUCCUUUCCGUUGAAGUCCCAUCGUGCCUUUCACGUAAGUCGAGAAUCACAGCUGGAGUUUCCAGAUGCUGCGCUGUAUUCCCAAGCACAUGUUACGAUGCCGGGGCUGCAGAGAAAAGAUCAUUCACCAAGCCUGCAUUUGUUCGCUUCAGCAUGCCUUGUCUCCUAAAAAGCCCUGGACUAUGUUGUUUGGGUAGACUGCGAAAGUUCUACUCCACAAACUGAUGCUGUCUUCAUAACAUUGACUUCCGCUGAUAUAACCUUUGUAGUCCUCGGAGACAUCUCUUGGCCAGAGUUUCAUAGACAAAGCUUCCUUUUCAAAACCUCAGACGUUGCGCUAAAUGCGCCAGUUCCUCCGAACACUCGUUCUUUGAGCGCAGUUGGACAGGCACGACCCCACCGGCAACGCUCAAGGCGGAACCUAGGUCCAAAACCAGCUGACAACUCCUCGACGUACUGAGAGUAUUGUAUUGCCACUCCCAGUGGAAUAAAAGACAUUUGAAGGCAGUCGACCUUUAUUCGACGCUGUGAAACACGGAUGUUCCCCCGUGUCCAACUGCAAACGACUGAAGAAUGAAGUUGCAUCGAAGCGCGGACUCGGCUCCACCAUCUCCUGACACGGUCACAUUUUUUUCCAGGUGUGCAAACUGAAAUUUCGCCAUUUGGACGCGCGAACGCGCAAACGAAGCGGGAGGAGGAAGGCGCGCGCCGUCUUAAAGAAUGAG